AGCCAUGGCGGCGGCGCCGGGGCUGCGGGAGGAGAUGGAUGCGCUGCUCCUGCAGCUCUUCAGGGACCUGGAGGAGUUGGAGGCGAAGCGCGUGGCGCUGAACGCCCGCGUGGAGGAGGGCUGGUUCUCGCUGUCCAAGGCCCGCUACGCCAUGGGCGCCAAGGCGGUGGGGCCGCUGCAGUACGCGGCGCGCAUGGAGCCGCAGGUCUGCGUGUCCACCUGCGAGGCCCAGGACGGACUGCACAAGUUCUGGGUGGUGAAAGCGAGCUCCCAGGCCCCCGAGGAGGUGGGGCCCCGCGAUGCAGCGCUCCGUAGGCGAAAAGGGCUCAACAGUGCUCCAGAGCCACCAUCCUCCCCAGCCCCCCAAGACCCUCUAAACUGGUUUGGAAUCCUGGUUCCUCACAGUCUGCGCCUGGCACAAGCCAGCUUCCGGGAGGGCCUGCAGCUUGCUGCGGACAUGGCCAGCCUUCAGACCCGCAUUGACUGGGGUCAGAGCCAGCUCCGGGAACUCCAGGAAAAACUCAGGCAUCAGGAACGCAGGGCUGUACAACCUGAGACUGCUGCAGCAGGGCAGUGACCACUGUCCUUCCAGUGACGCCCAUCUCAAUGACCACUGUCCUUCCAAUGACCCCCUGUCUCAGU